AUGGUUAAUGCCUCUAGCCGCAUAGUUGAGUGCCACUCGGCCAAAUUAGAGAUGCUAGUGGUAGCGGCAGAAGAGACCUCAGUUGUCGGAAGGAGGGGCAGUAGCACUGGAGAGGAGACAAGUGGACUCGGGUUCAGAGAGUCCCGAGGCAAGGUCACAGGUGAAGUGACAGGAGUGCUGGAGAAGGCUGGUGCAACUCUGGGUUACAGCAUUCUUAAAGAAAGGAAAGCAGGUAAUAAAGAAAUAUGA